CUUACAAAUCAUAAAAAGCCAACGGAAAGAUAGACUCUCAUGGACUACACUCCUGAUCCAUUUUCAAAGAGUCCUAUCAAUGUUACAAUUCUCUAGAGAAGAAAUCAGACAAGAAAAGUGUUUUUCCCCCCCACCCAAAUCCACUAAUAGUGAGAAGAAAAGAAGAAAAAUAUGUUACAAGCUUUAACUGGACUCCCAUUUCAGCUGAAAGAACAAUUAGGAGGAAAGGAGAAGAGACUUCAACUCAGCCAGGAAACCAGGGCCCAGCAUACAGAGUUCCACAUGCAGUUGUCAUACAAACCAAUGUUUCAUAGACUUUUUCCAGUAAGACCAGCCAUUUCUACAAGUCAAUUACCAUCCUUUUCCAAGGUCCCAGCACACCUGGAAGGUCCUGCAAGGCCUCAGACACAGAAAACCCAGAGACAGCAAGUGAAUUCGUUCAUGACGCUUGACCACCAGAUCAUCAACCAGGCUCUUAAACGAUCUCAGCCUCCAAGCAGCGCACUUCUGGAACAGCAUGGACACACAACCGUGGGCAGUGAUACUGCCCUCACAGGCGACCCACUUGCCAAGUUACUAGCACUUGGGAGAGAGGAUGACAACGCAGAAUGGCAUAUGGAGGACGUUAUUGAGGAUCUAAUUGGUAUGGAAUCAAGUUUUAAAGAGGAAGAAACAGACUCUCCUCUGCUAAUGCAAAGAACAUUAUCUGGAAGUAUUUUGGAUGUGUAUACUGGCGAGCAGGGAAUUUCACCAGUUAAGAUGGGACUUACAAGUGCUUCCUGUCCAAGUAGUCUACCAAUGAAAAGGGAAGUUACAGAAACUGACACUAGAGCUUUGGCAAAAGAGAGACAAAAAAAGGACAACCACAACCUCAUUGAAAGAAGAAGAAGGUAUAAUAUUAAUUACCGAAUCAAGGAGCUUGGCACUCUUAUUCCAAAGUCUAAUGAUCCUGAUAUGCGCUGGAACAAAGGAACCAUUCUAAAAGCAUCAGUGGAGUACAUCAAGUGGCUACAAAAAGAACAACAGAGAGCCCGGGAAUUAGAACACAGACAGAAGAAAUUAGAGCAGGCUAACAGGCGACUUCUACUCCGGAUUCAGGAACUAGAAAUACAGGCUCGUGCGCAUGGUCUGCCACCCCUGGCUUCACAUGGCACAGUUGAUUUAGGUGCUGACGUCACCAAACAACAGAGCCACCGGGAACAGAAUUCAGUGGACUAUUGCCAACAUCUGACUCUGCCUCAGGGGCCAAGCCCCGAGCUCUGUGAUCAAGCUAUGGCCUUCUCUGAUCCUUUGUCAAACUUCACAAAUUUAUCAUUUAGUGCCGCUUUAAAAGAGGAACAAAGAUUGGAUGACAUGCUCUUGGAUGAUACAAUAUCUCUGUUUGGAACAGACCCUCUGCUCUCUGCCACUUCCCCCGCAGUUUCCAAAGAGAGCAGCAGGAGAAGCAGCUUUAGUUCAGAGGAUGGUGAUGAGUUAUAAGUAAUAAACAGGCUCAGUUCAUCAACCGGGAAGCUGCUCUAUGCUGGUGCUAUGUAGUUCUGUGCUGUGUUUCAUAUAUUGCUUUGGCUUAAUUUUUCCAAGAAAUAUGUUGUUCAUGAAAAACAGAUUGAUUAGAAGCAGCAGAAGAAUUCACAGGAAGACAAAAACAAGGUGUUACAGAAUUAUUAAGAGCUAAAGUAUGUAUUUUCCUUUUAGACUACAGAGUUUAAAUCUACUUAAGUUUUGUUUUCCUGGGAAGAGGUACAGCGUAAGAAAUAGCUCUUUAUCGAUGUUUUAAAAGCAGCAACUUGGCAGUGUACUACAGGAACAAACUACAGCGAAGUGUCAUCCUACUGAAAUGUACAACCCUACUUCAGUCUUUCUCUUCCGUCCUCUCUUCAACUCUUACAGCCUCAGUUUUCAAGAAUCAAGAUCCACAUAUUUGGUGAUGAUUGCCUUUCUCCCUUAUCUGGUGGACAAGUAAGUUUAAGCUCCAUAGGAAAUAAUUACAAAGUAGGUUGUCCUGUCAGUUGUAACUGGAAAGCAAAUUCACAACAAACAUGAGUGUUGUCCACAUGAAAUACAGAAAAUUUAUAAAAAUAUUGGCUACUAAAAUUAUUACCUCAUUCCUUUAGAUCAGUGGGUUUUGACCUUCCUAAUGCCAUGGCCCUUUAACACAGUUCCUGUGGGUUGCAACCCACAGGUUGAGAACCGCUGCUUUAGAUGGUUUAAUUACACUAAUUCUAAAAGCAUCCUUGCAUGUUUAUGUCUCCAUGAUCAGUUCAGAAAGAGAAACCUAUCAAAUAUUUCCUCAAGAAUAUGCUCUGGAAUUGUAUUCCUUCAUACAAACACACACGCCCGCACAUACUCAGUACAGGUAGUACAUCUUCUUUCUCUUUCUUCGUUCUUCUGAUUACAUACUAAGCAUCAGAAGCACAUUCCAAAUCAUCUCUUCUCCAUUAAGAAAAUAUGUCAGAUAAUUCAUUUCAGUAAAUAAAAUAUUUAAAAGUCCCCCUCCUGGGACAAUUUGUCAGAUGUUUGAAACUUAUCAUCAUAUCCUAUAUUGGAUAUAAGCUAAUUAAUUGUUAAUAUAUUUUUGCUCCACAUGGACAAAAUAUUGAAAGUUGGAUCGCCAAUGAACAAAAUCAUUAGCAAAUCAGAAACUAUUUCUUACAGCAUUCUGUUCCGAGCGGAGGAUAAUGUUCUAUUUCUGCAUGCACUUGCCUUAUGAUCUUUGUUGUUUUGUUAGCAUGUAUUAUAAACAUUUAUAUCCACCAUGUUUCUAAGAAUUUUUUCUCUUAAGCUUGCUUUAUGUUUGGCAAUUGGGUUAACAAACAUGUUGCUCCAAGCUGGACCUUUGUGAAUGCUCAUUCAAUCAAUGAGCAUUGAUUGAACUGCAGUGGGUCCUGUGAAAAUAUAGAAAAAUGAGCAAGAUGUAGUCUUACUCUUCAAGGAGUUAACAAGACUACACGAGAAACAACAACAAAAGAUAAAAGACACGUGGAAUUGGAAUCUUAAGUGUAAGCUAUAAACAGUUCAGAAUAUGAAAAUGAAAGCAUCUAUGGGAACAGCAGGAUUUAGCUUUUCUUUUAAAGGCAUAAACUAGGCGAAGGGAGGGCAUGUAAAGGAAUAAUACACCCACAUGAUAGAAGUGAUUAUGAGUUGGGGGGAUAUUUUUAUGGGGCAACCGUUAGAAAGAUCUGGAGCCCUACAAGAUGCCGGUAGAGUUCUGGAAAAUAUUGUUGGCAACAGCUUGUGGAGGCUCUUGAAAAGUAGGGUGAAAUCUUAAUAGUAGAAAUGAAAAUUUUUACUAUGAGAGAGAAGCCUAAAAAUUAAGAUAUAGUGAUAGCUCGAUUGAGAUGUAAUCUUUCAUGAGUGUAGGAUAAAUUUUUUCUUUAGGUAUUUCUCACAGGAAAAUACACGAUCACAAAAUUUCAGAUGAUAACUGUUGAUAAAGGUGGAGAAACAGUAAAUCUUUAUGGUAUACUGAUUAUCUCAGGCUGAGCUUUCGUCAUUUGCUCAAAUGUUGGAGAAUCAACAUGCUUUUCAUAGUUUGACGUGGGAAAAUAAUUAGUAAUUUUGAUGAGCAGUCAUUAAAGUCAAAUAGUUAAAUUCACCUGAAAUUUGCCAUGUGAAACAGAGGAAUUAGAUAUACUUUCUGAAUGAUUUUCAAGGGGAAAUUACAUACUUUUAACUUUAUGACAAAAUUCCACUCUAUUAUCUGAGUUGACAAUUUGAUUUAACGUGGCAAAUUGUAGUAAAGGAAUACAUUAUAGGCUUGAUGGAAAACACACUGUUCUAGACAGAUGCAGAUUUCUCUUUUCAUUUUCGUCCACUGUUCUCAUUCUUAUUCUGAGAAGACUGGCACUGAUGAUGUCAUUACUGUGUUACCAUCGUCCACUCUGUUAAAAUAAUACCAGUUGGCCCUGAAACCCGUUCCUCAGAGUCUUGGCUGACGUGGAACCUAGAAUAGGAUGGUGAUCCAGAAAGGGGACUAGUACUCGCUGCUGCCUUCAGAUCAUUUCAGGGACUUUUAAAAUGGGUAGGGAUGAUUUUAAAGAGUAAAGAGUGGUGCUGUGUCCCACUCAACUGAAAUAGAUUAAAAUUAGAUAGUAUUCGUUUUAAGGCAUGAGAAUCUAGUGAAGGUUAUAGAGCCUCUUCUGAGAAAAAUAAAAUGUAUGGACAACAAUUUGCAUGCAUCCAGGGAUCCCAGUGGCCUUUUGAAUGUUUCUUUGGAUUCCAGGUGAAAAACUUCUAUGUCAGAUCUGUUACUUUAACAGAUAAUUCCUUAGCAGUGUACCUAUCAAGAAAUAAGUGCAUAGUUAAAUUCAUAUAUAAUGAUCGAGGGAGGCCCACAUCUAAAUGUAAUUAUCCCAAUUCUAAUAAUGAUAAAGUUGCAUAAGAAAGUAAAAGUGUACCAAACACUAGAUUAUUCACUAUGAAAUUUGCUACCUUAUGAAGUGGUCCUCUUUCAAACACUACAUCCAAUCUCCGAAAAUUAUGCCUCCCGUGUGUUACAUAAUUAUGGGUCACUUUCCUUAUAAUUAUUGAAUGCUGUAAAACAUCAGACUUUAAUAUUUUUAAAUGAUGCAAAUCAACUUAAAAGCAAAUUGUAUUAUCUAUGGGAGAGACCCACAGGAUCAUUGAUGAAUACCUAGAAUACUUUUGCAGAAAUGAGACUUCUCAUAACAGUGAAGGAGGUAUAUUGUUUAUAAAACAAUUUUGUAUAAAAACUAUCAAGUAUUUCAGGGUUAUUAAUGCACAGUUAGCUAAACUUGGGUCAAAAUUAAUGUAUAAUUGCGAUGAUAAUAAAAAUACCUUAAAACAAGGUUGUUGUUUUUUUAAAUAUAAUGCCCCAUUCAACCUUCUUCUCUAUUUGUUAUAAAAUGUUGGCUGCCUUUUCAUUGGGUCACAAUAAACAGACUUUUCCAAAGACCAAUUAUCUUAAAUGAAUGAGGCCCUCCAAUCUUAUUAUUAUUGUUUUAGUGUCAUUUCUUCUUGAACUCUCCUUAUAUCUUCUGGAGAAUAUAUGUACAGACAAUAUUUCCUCAGUUUAUAGACAUAUCAGUGACCAUCACUAUCUUUUCAAAGGUAAACCACUGUAAAUAAUAAGUACCCAGGUAAGCUGGGGACUUUGAGAAAUAGCCUUCCUCUUCCUUCUUUUGUGGCUCAUUUCCCCCCCCCCCGCCAUGACUAUAAAUCAAAUAUUUAUUAGUUCUUACUUAAAAAGAAUAGACACAACAAAUUUAUUAAUUUGGUGGGCUCAUUUGCCAUAAUUUCAGGGAGAAGUUAAAUUUCACAAUGUGAAAAAGAAUAUUUUUAUCUUUUAGUUUAAUAGACUGAAUCAUAUUAGAAUUUUCUUAUAAUUAAAAGUAUCAUGAAAACAUUUUUUCUAUUCUGAUAUUGUGGAAUUUAAAUACAUAAACAAAUAAAUGGCAUAGCUAGUGUUCAAUGUUUUUUACAUCUCUGGCCUUAUAAAAACAUUAUAGGUAUUUACUGAUCAUCCGAUACUGUGUAUCUAUGAUAUGGAUAAAAACUGGAAUCAGUCUUUUUGCUUUGUUAUCAAUUCUAUCAAAUCAACCGUCUGUGUUUCUUAAAAACACCUGAAGGACUGAGUUUUGCUUUAGUAUUGAUGAUGGCACAGUCCAUAUGUAUUACAUGGAAUUACAUCAUUUGCUCUCUGUGCCCCUCAUGUUGGUAAGUGUGUCAAUCUGAGUUAGUAUAAGUUACAUGUACAGAGAUCUCCUUACAUUUGCCUCAUAGAUACUAAACACAUUGUGUUGCUAAACUCAUGUGUCAUUGUUCAUUGACCUUCUAAUAAUAUAUUAUUUGCAUGGUUUUUAAUUUGAGAGCAAGGAGACUUGAGAAAAAUAGCUUUUCUUAAAAUACUUUUUGUACGGUGAGGUUUAUACGGAAUUCUAACGUAUAAGGGAUUAUCAGGAAACAGUUAUUUUGAUUUAGAGAAAAGUCUCCCCCAGGAUUCCAUCUAUAUAAUGAUGCAAUGCUAUUGUCUACUGCUUUAUAUAUGAAAGGGAAACUUUUGUCUCCUGAUAAAGGGAUUUAUAUUUGUAUUUCUAUAUGAUCAAAUGAUUUCUGUUGUGUUUUCUACUGGAGACAUUCUCUGUAAAAUGUCUUCAUCCUGUAGUAUCCAACUGGCUUAAGAAAUAAAAUUAAAGACUUUUGCAUUUGCAACACUACCUCUUCCUUUUCUGUACGACCUUUUUAUAUUAAAAAUUCUAUAUUUUCAAUUUUUUUCCAUAGAAAUAAAUUUGGUUUGUGUACUAUUUAAAGCCAAUAGUUAUAAAUAACAAAUGGGAUAUAUGAAAGAACAGGAAGAUUGUUAUUUUGCUGAAAGUAUUAUCAUAUAUAAUCAGGAAGUUACACGUUAUAUUGUUCUUUAAAAUAUGAUCACGGAAUAUUAAAAGUUAUUGAACUCAAGAAUCCUGUAAUAGCAUAGCAGUUGCUUAUGGCAUACAAGACUAAAAUUAAUUCAGCAAUUUAAUCUUUAUAAUAACAAUGUAGCUAAAAAUCUUUGACUUUAAUAGAAUUUUAUAUGUAUAAAUAGCUAAAGUACCAUUCACAUAAUUUUAAUCUAACAUUGGUUAGAUCAAGAAAACGUUGGUAAUGUAAUAAGACUGUAGAAUUUAUAAUUAAUGCUAUUUUUCACUUUAAAUAAUAAAGAAUGUGACUUAUUUUCUAAGAAAAUGAAGAGCAUUGGUUUAAUUAAUACAUACAUGAAUCUUUGUACAAAUACCUUAAGAUGUACUAAUAUUUUCUUUGCACAUAUUAAAU